AUGGAGUACGUUAAUAGGGCUCGGGAUCAUCUGAACAAGAAGUUAAAGGAAAAGAACGCCCUCACUGACUGCCUUAAUAAGGUUCAAGAAAAGACUGGUGUAAAAGCUGAAUAUAUUAUCUAUGGCGCUUGCGCAUUUAUUGUGCUUUGGUUAAUGGUUGGAUGGGGGGCUACUCUGCUUGCCAACUUUAUCGGUUUCCUUUAUCCCGCCUAUGCUUCUAUCAAAGCUAUUGAGUCCACAUGCAAGGAAGAUGAUACAAAAUGGCUAACUUACUGGGUUGUAUAUGCGGCUUUUGGUCUCAUUGAAACUUUUACCGAUAUCUUUCUAUACUGGAUUCCUUUAUAUUGUAUUCUCUUAAUCUAUCUGAUGAUUCCCGGGAAAUAUAACGGAUCAAUUUUGCUCUACAAUCGAUUCAUCCGCCCUUAUAUUUUGAAGUACGAGAAUCAUAUUGACAAGGCUGCAGAUGAGGUUGGCAGAUUCGUUGACAAAGGUAUGCUUUGUGGAUCUUUAUUUUCCCAUUUGUAA